CCGCACACGCCUACUAAACCGCAUAAGUUAAAUAUCACACCGAGUGUUUCAUAUGGAGCACCAGGCAAACGGAUGCGCGAAUAGAGUGAGAUCACAAGCAUGGUAAAGUGAGACAAGCUGUAGGUCGUCGGUGUGACUUGUUUCGCUUGUGUUGUGCUAAUGUCGUGCUCUCUUGCUCACUCGUUACUUCCUCCCUUUGUCUAAAACUGUGAGGGCAGUAGUGUUUAACUGUGAAGCGUCAACCAAUCAGAGGAGGAGCAGUUUCUCUACUUGCUUCAUAAUUCUAAGCCGGAGGAAAAGCAAGGCCGCGACCAUAGGUUUGAUGCGCCCUACGCGACAUAUCAAAACAAUGUCUGAAAGUUCUAAGAUGGGCCUGUUUGGCUCUAAAGACAAGACAAAGGAAACAGAAAUCAAAGAUGACUCGCCCGACCGAUAUGCUCCCUAUUGUAUUGAUAGCGAUUCUGAAACCUAUGACACAGAAGCAUUAAGCAUUAUGGAUAUCAAUGACAUUAUUGGUGUACAGUCGGAACCAGUCAGUGAUUCUACUUUAGAGAGUGAAAUAGCUGCAUUGUCUCAGAUUAUCACAGAGUCUAAGACUGAUGGGGGACAGAAUAUAGCUGAAGGCAAGUGCCCAGCACAGCAGGGGAAGGAAAUCGAAGACAACGAUGCUGUUCAAACAUCUACUGAGAAUCGAUGUCUGACAUCAACGGUAGAUGAUGAGAAAACUCUUGGUGUUGAAACAGUGAAAGGUGAAAGUACCAUGAUAAGAGAUAAGGUGCUAGGAAAUCAACAGGAAAAUAAUGAUACUAAAAACAAUUGUGAACAUAAUGUAUCUAUAGACUCUAUAGCUGUUGUUAAUCCUAAAGAUGUUGAAAAUGCUGAUGUUUCAGUUAAAGUAAAUGUCGAACAUAAUCAAUCUAAUCAGGAGUGUAUUUUACAGACUGUAAUUAGCAAGGGAAAUGUAAAUAGAACUGUAGAAUGUGACAGUGGUAUUUGUGGCAGUCUACAACUUAUUGGUGAGGCCUACAGUUCGGGAGAUUCUCAAGAUAUGAAAACAGACGAUGUGGAAUCGGUAGAUACAGUUAAUCAGAAUACUUUAAUGUCUAAGGAAGAAAAGGAGGAAAUAAAUGAAUCUUGUAACUCACAAGGUGGUACAGGCAAUGCUACUACAACAUUUAGUAAAAUAAAUUUAGAUGGGACAUGUACAAAUAAGGAUACACUUAUUGAGACUAUAGAAAAUUUUGAUAUUAAUGUGGAUGCACAGGAAGUAUUUAAUAAUUCAGAAAAAAUAGAAAUUCAGACAGAAUGUAAAGUAGAUAGUCCUACAAAUAUUGUUUCGGAAAGUAUAAUAGACGAUGUAAUAGUUGAUACUAUAGAAAUGGAUAAAAAUGAAAUAAAAAUAUUAGAAGAAAAAGAAGAAAAUAUUAUAGAAGCAAAACAAGAAUCAAUGACUGUAGAAUACACAGAAAUGGAAGUAGAACAUAGCAUGCAAUCCGAAAAUGAAUUAUUAGCUUCAAUAGUGCAGAAACCUGAAACAGAAAUAACAGAAGAAAAGUUGGAAAUUCAAGAAAAUAUAGAACAUAUGGAUGUAGACGAACAGGAAGAAUAUAAAACAGAAGAAAAUAAAAUAGACAUAAAGGAAACAAGUCAGAAAGAAAAAGAAGAUACGAAUACUUCAAACAUUGAGAAUGUCGACAAAUUUAAUACAAUAAUAUCUGAUAAAAUGAAUGUUACUGUUGCAGUGAUCGCUGCUGAGGAUGAUAACGAGAAGGUAGAUUCUGCACAAUUUGAAUCUCAAAACAAUUCCAAUGAGAGUAAAUUUUCUGAUACUCUGCAUAUUAAAGAUAAUCCAGAAGAAACAGAAAAUGUGCACGUUUCAGAAGAAGUAGAAGGAAUGAAUAUUGAGAAACAGGGAAGUACAAAAACAGUGACUAUUGAAAAAUUCAAGACUAUAGAGGAAAUGAAUACUAAAAAAUUGGAAAGCGUAAAAGAUACAGAUACUAAGCAAUCAGAAAUUGAAGAAGAAAUAGCAGACAAGCAGUUUAAAAUGAUAGAAGAAAUGGAUAUUGAGCAAUUGGAAAUUACAGAAGUGAUGGACACUGAAUCAUCAGAGGCAGUAGAGGAAGUGGAUACUAAAGAAUCAGAAAUUCAAGAACAAAAUGACACUGAGCAAUCAGAAGUUUCAGAAGCAAAGGAUACUAAGCAAUUAGAAGCUCUAAAAGAGGAUACUAAGCAAUCAGAAGUUCUAGAACAAAUGAGUACUACACAAUUAGAAGUUAUAGAAGAAAUGAGUAACAAACAAUUCGAAACUGCAGAAGAAAUAAAUACUAAACCAUCAGAAACUACAGAAAAAUUGAAUACUAAACAAUUAGAAACCACAGAAGAAAUGAAUACUAAGCUAUCAGAAACUAUAGAAGAAAUGAAUGCUAAGUUAUCAGAAACUAUAGAAGAAAUUAAUACUAAGUUACCAGAAGCUAUAGAAGGAAUAGUUACUGAACAAUUAGAACUAUCAGAAGAAAUGGAUUCCAUACAACCAGAAACCAUAGAAGAAACAGAUACUAAGCAACAAGUGACCACAGAUGAAAUUGAUACUAAACGACCAAAAAGUCUAGAAAAAAUGAAUAUUAAGCAAUUAGAAACUGCAGAAGAAAUGGAUACUGAGAAAUUAACAACUUUAGAAGAAGUGGAUACUAAGUAUUCAGAAAUUUUAGAAGAAGAGGAUACUAAGCAUUCAGAAACUGUAGAAGAAGUGGAUACUAAGCAUUCAGAAACUGUAGAAGAAGUGGAUACUAAGCAUUCAGAAACUGUAGAAGAAUUGGAUACUAAGCAUUCAGAAACUGUAGAAGAAGUGGAUACUAAGCAUUCAGAAACUGUAGAAGAAGUGGGUACUAAACAUUCGGAAACUGUAGAAGAAAUGGAUACUAAGCAUUCGGAAACUGUAGAAGAAGUGGGUACUAAACAUUCGGAAACUGUAGAAGAAAUGGAUACUAAGCAUUCGGAAACUGUAGAAGAAGUGGGUACUAAACAUUCGGAAACUGUAGAAGAAAUGGAUACUAAGCAUUCGGAAACUGUAGAAGAAGUGGGUACUAAACAUUCGGAAACUGUAGAAGAAAUGGAUACUAAGCAUUCGGAAACUGUAGAAGAAGUGGGUACUAAACAUUCGGAAACUGUAGAAGAAAUGGAUACUAAGCAUUCGGAAACUGUAGAAGAAGUGGGUACUAAACAUUCGGAAACUGUAGAAGAAAUGGAUACUAAGCAUUCGGAAACUGUAGAAGAAGUGGGUACUAAACAUUCGGAAACUGUAGAAGAAAUGGAUACUAAGCAUUCGGAAACUGUAGAAGAAGUGGGUACUAAACAUUCGGAAACUGUAGAAGAAAUGGAUACUAAGCAUUCGGAAACUGUAGAAGAAGUGGGUACUAAACAUUCGGAAACUGUAGAAGAAAUGGAUACUAAGCAUUCGGAAACUGUAGAAGAAAUGGUUACUAAGCAUUCAGAAACUGUAGAAGAAGUGGAUACUAAGCAUUCGGAAACUGUAGAAGAAGUAGAUACUAAGUAUUCGGAAACUGUAGAAGAAAUAGAUACUAAGCAUUCAGAAACUGUAGAAAAAGUGGAUACUAAGCAUACAGAAACUGUAGAAAAAGUGGAUACUAAACAUUCAGAAACUGUAGAAGAAGUGGAUACCAAGCAUUCAGAAACUUUGGAAGAAAUGGAUACCGAGUAUUCAGAAACUUUGGAAGAAAUGGAUACCGAGUAUUCAGAAACUGUAGAAGAAGUGGAUACUAAACAUUCAGAAACUGUAGAAGUGGGUACUAAACAUUCGGAGACUAUAGAAGAAGUGGAUACUAAGCAUUCGGAAACUAUAGAAGAAGGGGAUACUAAGCAUUCAGAAACUGUAAAAGAAGUGGAUACUAAGCAUUCAGAAACUGUAAAAGAAGUGGAUACUAAGCAUUCAGAAACUGUAAAAGAAGUGGAUACUAAGCAUUCAGAAACUGUGGAAGAAGUGGAUACUAAACAUUCAGAAAUUGUAAAAGAAGUAGAUACUAAGCAUUCAGAAACUGUGGAAGAAGUAGAUACUAAGCAAUCAGAAACUGUAGAAGAGAUGGAUACUAAUCAGAAUCAGUUAAUAUCGGCAGAAGUAAUGGAUACUAAACAGUUAGACUCAUUAGAGAAAAUGGAUACUAAACAAGCAAAGGUUUCAGAAGAAAUUGAGAAAAGGCGAUCGAAAGCUACAGAAGAAAUAAAUACUUUUCGAUCAGAAGUUGCAGAAAAAAUGGAUAGCAAACAAUUGGAAACCAUAGAAGAAGUGAGUAUCAAAGAAUCGAAAACUACAGAAGAAAUGGAUACCAGACAAUCAGAAACAAUUGAAGAAGUGGAUACCAAAGAAUCAGAAACUAUAGAAGAGGUGGAUACCAAAGAAUCAGAAACUAUAGAAGAAGUGGAUACCAAACAAUCAGAAACAGCAGAUGGAGUAUUUAUUAAACAAAUUACGAAAGAUAUUGACACUAGGCAAUUGGAAGCCAUAGAAGAAAUGUUACAGGAAUCUGAAUUGCUGCCCAGUGAAUUAUCUUCACCAAAAUUGGAUACAUCAUCUAGUAUAAAAUUAACUACAGAAACUGCAAAUGUAAUUGAUAAUACUGUGAAUAUUGCGAGUUCAAAUGUUAGUAGAAACCUGCAAACUGAAGCUAGUAACAAUUUAAAUUCAGUGUUAUCAGAAGUUGAAAUAAAGGCAUCUAUUACUGUACAAUCCAAAGAAGCAGUGGAAUUAUCAGUUGAAGAGGAAUCAUUUAAAGAUGAAAUAAAGACUUCAAAAAAAUCUGAUACAGCUUCUGUGAUUGAAGUACCAAUGACAAUGGAAAUAAACGAAGAGCCUGAAAUUCAUCUAGAAACAAUUUCAAAUAUUUCAGUUCCUAUGGACAUUGAUACUAUAGGUAACAGUUCUGAGAUCAAAGUCGAUUCUUUAGAGGAAAAUAAUUGCAAAGUAGAAACUACUCAUACAGAACCAUUGCCAAUUGAAGAAUGUAUUCCUGAAGUACAAAGUCAGGAACUAACAGAAGUUCACAGCACAAUAGAAAACGAAAAUUCAGACGAGAUAACAGUUGAGAAAAAUGAAAUUAAUAUUUCUCAGGUGUGUGCUGAAUUAGAGGUUGCAAAAGUUUCUGAAGAAAAUAGAGACACAUUAAUUAAUGAUAAAGAAAAAUCUUCUCUCAAAGUUUCUUUACAAGAAGAAGAAGAGAUGGAAUAUGAAACAAUUGAAUUGGAAACACCAAAAGAAGGACAGAAGAAAAAUCAGGAAGAGUUUAAGCUGAUGCAUGUAAAGACUUUAAUAGAAUCAGAUGCAAAUGUAGAAAAUGAUGAAGUUAGUGAUUCUGUGAAAAGUGAAGAUGGAGUAUCUAAUUUAGAAGAAUUACUUUUGUUACCAUCCGAGUGCAGAGAACCCAUAGUACCUGCAGAGAAUGUAGAAGAAGAUGCAGAGGAAAGAAUUACUUUAAAUUUAGAAGAAGUGAAGAUUGAAUCUAAAUUAGUAUUGUAUCAAGAUAAUUUUGAUCAAAUAGUAGAAGAAAACAUAAUUAAUGAUAAAAAAGAAGAGGAAUCAGUUUAUGUACUAGAAAAGGAUGAUGCUAGCAUAGGAGAAGUAAUAAAAAUAGAAAAGCAUGAUACCUUAGAUGAAAAUAUAGAAAAAGUUAUUAACACAAACAACACUGAAGAGUCAAUGCUAACUGAAGAUGUGGAAUUAUCACGAAAAGAACAGAUAGAAAGUAAUGAUUCUAAAACUGAUACUAAUGAAAAUAAUUUUAAGGCAAUAUUAGAAUCUGCUAAUACUGUAGAAGAAAUGUUUUCUGGAGAACAGAAUGAUAACACGGAGGAUAUUGUUACAAGCAUAUUAGACGAUGUCAGAAGCGCAACUGACUUUAAAAAUAUUUUAACUACAGAAGCAGUUGUAACAGAUGAAAUGGCGUCAGUCUUAGAAGAGUCUGCAUCUUUGCCGCUGGUUGAUACUACGAUGGUAGAGUUGACGGAGAAGUUACCAGAGAGCUCUGAAAAUGUCAUGGGUAAAGAAAUGGAGGAUUCAAUGUCUACACAAAAUAUAGAUUCUCUCGAAGGUUUGUUGGGCUUGGAUUUAAUACAAGAAGGGGAGGAUACUACGUUAAAAAUAGUGAAAGCAGAGAAACCAUCCCAAGAACAAGAAACACUAUCGAAGGAUGUGGACAUGAGCCUAUUAUUAGAACAAUCGAACCAGACUACACAUUAUAUGACGGAUGUCAUUAGCAGUUGUUUAACAGAUAACGAUACCACAUUGUUGCAAGAAAAUACUGAAAACAGUAAUCUAAUGGAAGUUUCUAAUGUCAUACCCGAAGAUUCGGAAACAGACAGUUUGUCAAAGGUGAAAGAAAGCACGAUUUCUGAAUCCAUAAAUUCAGAAAAUGUGCAAAGUCUGCAGAAGGAGUUAGAAGCGAAUUCCGAUUUGCCUGAGAAUGAAUUAGAUAUGGAUUUUGAAGAGGCACCGCUAGAGACUGUAGACGAACUGGAGGAAACCGAGGCAAAAUUGGAAUUGGUUUCAGACAUGAUACCAGCAAAUGAUGAUCCUUCUGAAAACCUGAGCAAUGUACAAACCACAGAAACUUCACAACCCAGUUCUGAGAUAUCUGAACUCGAAUCAGCUGUUAAGUUCCUCCAAGAAUCUGAGGAACAAGCCAUUGAUUCUCCAUUAAUACUUUCCCCGAAAAUGGUAGAGAGCGUUGUAGAAGAUAUUUCGAAGCAGACAAAUACAACAGCUCUUUUUGUUCCUGACGAAGAUAUGUGCGAAGACACAGAGCUGGCAGAGGAACUGCAGAGCAUCGCAACAGAUUCAAUUUCCAUCUCAGAAGCUGAGAUCAUUUCGGAAGCAGCAAAGUUGGAGAGCGAAAGAAAGCUAGCUGAACAGGUGAAACUAGAUGCUACAAGGGGACAAUUUGAUUCAAACAAGGAGAAACUGAUAGCAGAGGAAGAGGGAAUUAAGUUGCUUGAAUCAAAAAUUAAAUUUGGUUCAGUUCCGUUGGAAACUAUGGAAGUGCAACAAACAGAACUAUUUGUGGAGGAGAAAAUUCCGGAAGCAUUACACUCCUUGCCUUUAAAAACGUCUGAGACGAUCCCAAAAGUAUCAAUCUUGGAGGAACGUCUGAAGGAACCGCCUAAAAUAGAAAUACCAACUACAGAUGUAACAAAAGUUGCUAUCUCUCCAACAGCUUCAAAGGAUAGUCUUUUAAUUCAAAAAGAUGCUAAAUUAAUCGCUUUUCAGAAGAUGCUAGAGUCACCAAAGUUGUCGCAUCAAACGGAGCCGAAGAUCGUGGACACGCCGCGCAAAGAUUCUGAGAAGCAUGAUUUUGAAAAUGUUGGUUCUCCAAGGAUCAUAUUGAAAAUUGCUAAAUCCGCGAUUACUGAUUGCGCAGAACCCAGGUCACCUAAAAGCCCGAAGAUCAGGUCUGCGACUAAUUCACCGAAUCCUGAAGAUAGUCCAGGUCAAAAAUUGGGAAAGAUAAAGCUGAAAUUAUCAAAAGGUGGUCAUCCUUCUAUAAUAUCCAACGAGAACAUCGAAGAAGUAGGACAAUGGUACUCGGAAGGGACUUUAUCGUUGUCACCGAUUGGCAUGAAAAUCAAAUUAUCAAAAUCUGGUGAUGCUUCCAUUGUCUCGUCUGACAAACACGAGGCUGGCGAUGAUUCCAAGGAAGGGAAACAUAAAUUUGAAGAAGCCAAGAGAACUGAAUCACCGAUUGGGAUGAAGAUUAAAUUGUCUAAGACUGGUGACGCCUCUAUAGUGCAACAGGAUUCGAAAGACGUGCAGAUGAAGCAUAAAGAUAAGCUGGAUAUAGUCCAAGGUAGUCCCAAGAGAACGGAGUCCCCAAUUGGAAUGAAGAUCAAGCUUUCAAAAAGUGGAGAUGCUUCCAUAAUAUCAACUGAGAGACAAGAUAUUCCAGAAGAACACAGAGAAUCACAGGUAAGACCAAAAGAGACUUCUUAUGACUCCCCCAAAAGAACAGAUUCACCAAUCGGGAUGAAAAUUAAGUUAUCCAAGACCGGAGAUGCUUCCAUUGUCUCUCCCGAUGUGCCAGAAGAAGGUAAGGACAACAAGAUGAAGGACAAGCUGGAAUCAUCGCCUGAGGCACCUAAAAGAACUGAUUCUCCCAUUGGAAUGAAAAUCAAGUUAGCCAAAACGAAGGGUGGAGCAUCUAUAAUUCCAAUGGAAGCUCCCGAGGAUGCAAAUCAGAAAUUAGAAGUUCCAGAUGUUCCCAAACGAACAGAAUCACCUCUUGGAAUGAAGAUCAAAUUAUCUAAGACUGGAGACGCAUCCAUCGUCCACUCAGAAAUCUCUGAUGAAAGUAAGGAUAUAAAAUUGAAGGAGAAAGCGGAGGCCAAAGAAAAGCAGGAUGCAUCACAAGAUACUGUUAAAAUAUCAGACUCCUUAGGCAUGAAAAUUAAGGUGAUCAAGUCUGGAGAUACAUCAGUAAUAGCAUCAGAAUGUUCUGAAGAACCUGAGGUCUGUCAAGAAUCUCUACAGAAAGUUGAAUCUCCUAUCGGCAUGAAGAUUAAGCUUUCCAAAUUUGGCGAACCAUCAAUAGUACCUACUGAAAAACAAGAACAACUGGAAGAAAGCAAUAGACCCCUUUUGGAAACUCCUAAAAGAACAGAAUCACCUAUUGGAAUGAAGAUCAAGUUGUCUAAAACUGGUGAUGCUUCCAUUAUACAACCAGAGAUAGCUGCAGAGGAUGCGAGUAAAACAUCACGUGUUUCUGAUGCAGAACACCCGAAAACCUCUGACUCUACUUUAGGAAUGAAAAUUAAACUGUUGAAAACAGGCGAUGCUUCUAUAGUGGAUCCUGAUAAGAAGGAAAGGCAGCAAAGACGUAGAGACACUGAAUCGCCUCUUGAAAUGAAAAUUAAGUUAUCCAAAACUGGACAUCCAACCAUUGUUGCUUGCGAUAAUCAUGGAGAGGCUAGCUAUCGACCGAAGGAACUUGCAGACCAGCACAGUUUUGGUCAGAGGUAUAAAGAACAGACACAGACUCACAAGGAGACUGCAUUGAAAUUCCUCAAAGCUGGACAUCCAACAAUCUUGCAAAGUAACCGUUCAGAAUUGACGAUUGAGCCGGUUCAGAUGCAAGGAAAGAAAGCUGAUAGUACAAUAGAAAUAUCUCCUAAACGUAAGGACAUAACUGUGUCCCCAAUAGAGCCCAAAAAGUCGAAAUUGGAAACUCAAUUAACUCAGAUCUUGCCAGAGGUUACUAUUCAGCCAGUUACAUCCAGAAACCAGAAGCAAUUUAUGUUUGAUCCAAAAUCUAGUGCGAUUAGUCUUCAACAGAUGAACGUGAUUAGUCAGGAGAUUAGUAUCACCCAAGUCAGACCGUCGAAGUCACAGGAUAGCUUGAUGAACGAUAAACUUAAAGACAUGCUGAACAAAAAUUCCACCAGUUCUCCCAUGAACUCUGAUUGCGAAAUCAUCGAGCACCGACCGGAACUGAUUAUAGUAAAUGAGAAUUCAAAUUCCAGCCAAGAUGUAGUGAUCAUAGAGGAAGUUUCGCCUACGAGAAUUCCAGAAGUGAAGGUACCCAAAAGAAGAGGCAGACCUAGAAGAAAUCCAUUAGCCCAACCAACUGUUCAUCCUCCAACACAUAUGCUGUUAUCCCGAGACCCGUUGACUUUGGAUGAAGCUCAACAAAUGCAACAACAACAAUUGCAAGCACCACAAGUAGAGUCCAGAGAAAAUGAGAGGCCUAAAAGAACUUGCAGGAGUCAAAAAAGUUAUGCACCUCCUAAAAGGGGUAGAGGACGAGGUCGAGGUAAAAGAAAAUUAGAUAACACAGAUACACAGAUGAACAAAAAGGUUCGAAUAGAACAAGACUUAACUGCCAUAGAAGCUUCAACGACUGCGGUAAUAACAAUUGAUUGUCCUCCUGGGCAAGAAGAGUCCUGUGCAAAGCCAUCAGAAUUGUAUAAAGCUUUAAAACAGCCUGCAGUAGAUACUAAAGUUGUAGGUAGAGCUGAGAAAAAAUCUACAGGACAAAAGAAUGAUGCAUCCAAGAUUGCAAACGCAACUAUUUCAGAUUCUACAAAUGUAAUCAUAGACACAAAUAAACAAAUACAAGAAGUAGAUUUGGAUCCAAGUAGUGAUAUUUCUAAAUCAGCAACAAGUGAGUCUAAAGAUAAUGUCAAAGAUAAAAAGCAGGUAGAGGUAGUCUCUGAAAAAAUGCAAAAGACUGCAUUAAAGCAAACUCCAGACGAGAAGUCUGAUAAGACAACAGAGAAUGCGAAAUCUGAAAAUAAAGAUAUGCUGGUACCUCCAGAACAUCAGAAUUGGUUGACGCCAACAUCGAAACGACUACCAGAAGCGACCGGAAAACAUGAAAAUGUAUCCACUGUGCAAGUGAUAGACGAAGAAACGAGAAUGAGCGCAGAAUCUGGAUCAAGAUCUCAAACCCCAGCUAGAAAUAUUUCUGCACCAGCUUCUGAAACAAUGGUAAAUGAAGAGUCCCAGGGAAGUGUGCUCAGUACAGCAACCACAGAGUCAGAAAAAGUGAAGGUGAAGAAUCGAAGGAUGGAAAUUAACUUUGAUCCAGAUGAAGGACCAUUUACAGUAGACAAGAUUGCAGAGUAUGAAUGGCCACUUGACCGUAAAGGAGAAACUUUCAUGAUACAAGAACAAAUAUCCCAGUACCUUGGCGUAAAGUCAUUCAAGAGAAAGUACCCAGAUUUAAAGCGUAGAGUAGUGGAUAUGGAAGAAAGAAAUUACUUAAGAGAAAAUGGUUUAGUUAGCGAAGCAAUGUGUGAUAUGGGUUUAACAGCUAUAUGCAGUUCAGAAGUACUAGAUGUAAUGUGCAGUGAUUUCCCUGAUCAGUAUGAAGAAUAUAGGAAACAUAUGCGCGAAAAGCAGGUGAAAGAACAUUCCAAAAAACAGAAAGAAUUAUCUGCAGCUGCAAACGCAGAAAAGAACAGAAUCGACCUGGCAGAAAUGGCAGUUCAGUCUGCACUAUCUUGGAACAUUAGACUGAACAAAGCUCGCAGAGAAAAUAGAAAGUGUAGUUUAGAUCUGCAAACCUUUACUAUACAUGUGCCAAAGAAACAACAGAAAGUUGAAACGGAACGUAAAAUCGGUCAUUAUCCUGUUGCAUUAAUACCAGGUCAAUACACAGACUAUUAUCGUGAAUAUACACCAGCUGAACUGCGAUACUAUCCUUUGAAUACUGUUUUAUAUGGCCCAAUGAGACCAAACGAACGUAAAUUUGAUAGUCAAUCAGAGGGAUCUCAAAGUGAUAGUGAUAGUGAUUCAUCUUCGGACGACUCGAGUUCAUCUUCUAGCGAGGGAACACAAGACACUGAAGGUUCUCAGUCAACGAUGGACGAUGUGGAUAUGGAGAUAGUGAAUCCAAAAGAAGAAGUCAAACUGAAAUGUAAAAUGUGCUUGAAAGUCUUAAACAAACAUAGCAAAAAUGAAGUAUUAGUACAAUGUGGCACUUGCAGUGGACAUGUACAUCCAUCGUGUAUAGAUUUAACGCUAGAUAUGGUUCCUCACAUUCAAUCGUAUGCAUGGCAAUGCACUGACUGCAAAACUUGUGCGCAAUGCCAUGAUCCGGCAGAUGAAGAUAAAAUGCUCUUUUGUGACAUGUGUGAUAGAGGGUAUCAUAUUUAUUGUGUUGGACUUCGACGAGUACCCCAAGGAAGAUGGCAUUGUCAAGAAUGUGCAGUUUGUGCAAACUGCGGUUCUAGAGAACCUGGGGGUGCGAAUUCGGAUAGAAACAGUGUCGCUCAGUGGCAGCAUGAAUACAAGAAGGGUGACAAAAAUACUCGAGUCUACGUCUCAACACUAUGCGUUCCAUGCUCAAAGCUAUGGCGAAAGGGUCGCUAUUGCCCGCACUGCAGUCGGUGUCAUACUGCCCCAAGACUCGACCUGGAAGCGAAUCUAGUGCAUUGCAGCGCAUGUGACAAAUAUCUGCACUUAGGAUGCGUGGAGACCAAGGGAGUUCCAUUAGACAGGAAAAAUUAUCUAUGUGAUUUUUGUGCGCCAAAUCGUCAGCAAAUGAUAAAACCAUUGGUAUCGAAAACUUUGAAAAUGUAAAGUGCUAUAAGAUGAACAAUUUUUAUUUGAAUUUGGAAAUUGUAUAAAAUGUGAACGUGUCUCUGCAGUGAAAUUGCGUAAUAUAGGAGAAUUUUCUAUUUGUACGAUCAGUGAAUGUGUCGCGAAGAUUCACAUGGUUUUUAGUUGUCAUGGACAUAUUUUUUAUGAACAUUUAAGUGGAAGAAAUAUAGCUGUAUAUAAUUGUAUGAUGGAAAUCAAUUUUAAGUAUUGAGGUUUUGUUACAUGAGGACUAUUGUUAGCUACGAAUGAACCGUUAAAUAUAAGAAAUCUUACUCUGAAUUUUGUCAGAGUAGUUAGUAAGAGCUUUUGUAAAUUGCAA